CACUUGUCAAUUUGUUCUUCUCCCGUGUUUAUUUUGUAUCGCUUUUCUUUUGCUCUCGUGUUUCUAUGUUUUAACUCUGUUUUAUUUUGCAAAACUCUGUUUUCGAUCUCGUGACAAGUUUUUCCGGCCGCCCGGAAAAAUGCUAAAUCAAUUUUACUGUUUGUUUUUGUUGCUCCUCCUCCACAUCUUCGUAGGCGUGGCGUGGGCCGAGGAGGGGGAGUGCCACCGCCUCAAUCGCGCAGAUAUCGAGGGCAGACUGUCGACGAAGACGCCUUACAGGGCGAUCGCCAAUUACGAUGAAACGCCGCCGAAAUUCGCCGGUUGCCACCCUACCCGAAUCUGGUACAUCAUUCGGCACGGAACUCGAAAUCCCAGCGAAGCCGUUAUUUUGCAGGCCCAAAAUCGCCUCUCCGAAAUAAAGAAAAGCAUUCUGGAUCAGCCGAAACCACCUAUAUGCUCCGCUGAACUGAAGAGGCUGCGCCAAUGGAGCUGGAAACACUUGAAUGCUACCGAAGACGAGAAGUUGCUGGUUGCGGAGGGAGAGGACGAGCUGAUUGAGCUGGCGGAGCGGAUGCAGAAGCGGUUUCCGGACCUAUUUCCGGAACUGUACAGCCCGGAGUGGUAUUACUUUAAGUACACGGCCACGCAGAGGACGAGGAAAAGUGCAGCGAGCUUCGCUACGGGCUUAUUUGGCCGCAAUCGCAUCCAUUCCGUACGAUAUCCACCGCCUUUGCAUGAGGAUCCUGUCCUAAGGUUCUAUAAGGGCUGUGGGAAGUGGAAAACUGACGUCGAUAAGAAUCCCGAAACCUUGGUCAACGCACGCAGGUUCCUUUCGGAGCCGCAGAUGCAAUCAGCAGUGGAGCAGAUACGGAGCAGCACCCGGCUGCCGGGUCUUCAGCCGGAGGAUGUUCAGCUCAUGUACACGGUGUGUGCUUUCGAGACGGCUUGGCAUCGCCCGCGACGUGGUUCUGGUUCCCGAUCCUCAUCUGAUUCCGUGUGGUGCAACUUCUUCGAUGUAGCCGCCUUGGAGGCGCUGGAGUUCUUCGAGGACCUGGAGUACUAUUGGAACGAUGGCUACGGCUACGAACUGACCCAUCGCAUUGCCUGUCCGGCAAUCGCAGAUAUGUUUGCGGCCCUUAGUUCUUCGACGGAGGAGCGACGGGCCAACGCCACGUUGUACUUCACGCACUCGGGAACGCUACUCAAGUUACUGGCCCACCUGGGAUUGGCCCGGGACAAGAAGCCGCUGACGCACAAGCACUUUGCCAGCGAGCGUCGUUGGCGCACAAGCCAAAUCGACGCGUUCGCGACCAACUUGGCCUUCCUCCGCUACGACUGCGACAAGGAGGAGCCGCAGGUCCUGGUGCUGCACCAGGAGAGAGUGGUGCGCCUGCCCGGAUGCCCGCAGGACAAGGACCUCUGUCCGCUGGCCACACUACGUCGCCUUUACGCCAAGAGCGUAGACCACUGCAACGUCGAGGAGCUGUGCCGGGUGAAGUCCAAAUAAAAAGAAGAACCGAAAUGAAUGCUGGAUUUGCUGCUGCUGCUGAUGAUGAUGACGAACUGCUUUUUUGUUGCUCUGCUCCCCUGCUACUGCAAGACCUCAGGAAAAGGGAUUCGUCGGAAUGUUUAGGAUACAACUGAAAUAAAUGAUAUAGAUAAGAAUGGAAUAGAUGCGAAGGAGCUGGAAUUUAGUUUUGUAAGAGAUGAGAGGCCAGAGCGUUAUGUGUUGACCAAGUGGCGUCUGUGUGUUUCGUAUGCCUUAUUAAUCAAUGUGGACCAUCCAAUCCAGAACAAGCGAACUUCGAGGACGAGUGCAGGAGACAGAGCGAGACGGAGAACGCAAGAGGGAACGAGAAAGGGAGACGCAAGCCCGUGUCACGCUUUACAUAUACUUUAAUCUAUAUACUCUGGAUGUCUCCCCAACUGCUGUAAGGAUGUACACGACUAAUCUUGGUUUACUUUUUUUUUUGUUAUCCAGUUAAUCAUACUAUACCUUAACCUAAUCCUAAACCCAAAGCCAGCUGGCAACGCAUACUGUAUAUAUAUAAAUACUGAUGUAUGAGAUAAUUAACUAUAGUUUAUAUACCCAACACACCACACAUAUAUAUACAAACACAAGCGUUAUUUAUAUGCCUCUAUUCAAAUCGAUCCUUUGCCACCAACAAAAGAAAAGAAAAACAAUACGUUCGUUGUGCUAACUUGUGUUAUAUACCUAUAAACGAAACCGGAUAUAAAUUUAAGAAGGCAAAGAUAUGGAACAAAUGUUGGGUUCCUAUCAAUCGUUCAGCGUAGAGGGAGACCCACACACUUUGUACAUAGCACUUACGACUUUAAUCACUUUUGUCUAAUUUUGUUUGUCCUAUCGAAAACCCAACAACAAGAACAACAAAUAAAACUAACGAAAAUUCUAGUUUAAAGCUUAA